AUGUCCUACGACCGCUACAUUGCCAUCUGCAAACCCCUGCACUACGGGACCCUCCUGGGCAGCAGAGCUUGUGUCCACAUGGCAGCAGCUGCCUGGGGCGCUGGGUUUCUCAAUGAUCUGCUGCACACGGCCAAUACAUUUUCCCUGCCCCUCUGCCAGGGCAAUGCUGUGGACCAGUUCUUCUGUGAAAUCCCCCACAUCCUCCAGCUCUCCUGCUCACAGUCCUACUUGAGGGAGGUUGGGCUUCUUGUGGUUGGUGUCUGUUUAUCUUUGGGCUGUUUUGUUUUCAUUGUGGUGUCCUAUGUGCAGAUCUUCAGGGCGGUGCUGAGGAUCCCCUCUGAGCAGGGACGGCACAAAGCCUUUUCCAUGUGCCUCCCUCACCUGGCUGUGGUCUCCCUGAUUGUCAGCACUGGUCUGAUUGCCUACUUGAAACCUCCAUCCACCUCCUGCCCAUCCCUGGACCUCGUGGUGUCAUUUCUGUAUGCGGUGGUGCCUCCGGCAGUGAACCCCCUCAUCUACAGCUUAAGGAAUCAGGAGUUCAAGGAUGCCUUAGGCAAACUGCCCCACAGGACGCUGUUUCACUGA